AUGGCGUUCGUGCCGGUGUGCGUACAGUGCGGGACGCGGAGCAACCCGUGCCGGUGCAAGGUGGUCGGGCCGACGCUGGGGUUCGUGGCGUUCGUGGUGGCCGGGGUCAUCGAGUGGCCGCUGGGGGCCGCCGUGUACCUGUUCCGCCACCGCAAGGGACGCCGCAUCAUGGCGCACCCAGCCACCGUCGUGUACCCGCGCGUCACCAGGGCCAUCCCAAUCUAA